AUGGUGCUGGUCCUGCUCUCAGCCCGUUCUGCCUAUGGGAAGGCAGUACGGCCUGGGUCCAGGCCAGAGAGCCUCUUCAAGCAAGCAGACACUCGUUGCCCAUCCACAAAAGAUUCUCAAUUCCCUCAAGCCGUGAAAGUCAACAUAAGCAUCAACAGUGUAAACCAGAACACCAAAAUGAGUGCUGAUGUUAGCAACCGGUCACUGGCUCCAUGGGAUUACAGAAUCAACAAGGACCCCAACCGCUUCCCCCACGUGAUUGCUGACGCCGAGUGCCGCCACACCAGCUGCGUGGACAUGGCCGGGCAGCUUGACUACAGCGGCAGCUCCGUCCCCAUCCAUCAGGAGAUCCUCGUUCUCCGUCGGGAACAGAGGGGCUGCCACCACUCAUACCGGCUAGAGAAGAUGAUGAUCACUGUGGGCUGCACGUGUGUCCACCCCAUCAUCCAACACCAAGCAUAA